AUGUCUCUUUUUUCCACCAUUGGGACCCUGGUACUUGGAGAAACUACGUCUCUCUUUCACCACCAUUGGGACCCUGGUACUUGGGAAAACUACGUCUCUAUUUUUUCCACCAUUGGGACCCUGGUACUUGGAGAAACUAUGUCUCCCUUUCACCACCAUUGGGACCCUGGUACUUGGGGAAAGUACAUCUCUUUUUUCCACCACUGGGACCCUGGUACUUGGGGAAACUACAUCUCUCUUUUUUCCCACCAUUGGGGAAACUACGUCUCUCUUUUCCCCCCACCAUUGGUACCCUGGUACUUGGGUAAACUACGACUCUCCUUUUUCCACCAUUGGGGAAACUACGUCUCUCUUUUCCCCCCAUCAUUGGGACCCUGGUACUUGGGGAAACUACGUCUCUCUUUUCUCCACCAUUGGGGAAACUACGUCUUUUUUUUUCCACCAUUGGGACCCUGGUACUUGGAGAAACUACGUUUCUCACCAACAUUGGGACCCUGGUACUUGGGGAAACUACGUGUCAUUUUUCUCUCUACCAUUGGGACCCUGGUACUUGGAGAAACUACGUCUCUCACCAACAUUGGGACCCUGGUACUUGGAGAAACUAUGUCUCUCUUUCACCACCAUUGGGACCCUGGUACUUGGGGAAACUACGUCUCUCACCAACAUUGGGACCCUGGUACUUGGAGAAACUACGUCUCUCUUUCACCACCAUUGGGACCCUGGUACUUGGAGAAACUAUGUAUCUCACCACCAUUGGGACCCUGGUACUUGGGGAAGCUACAUCUCUCUUUUUUUCCACCAUUGGGAAAACUACAUCUCUUUUUCCCACCAUUGGGACCCUGGUACUUGGGGAAGCUACGUGUCAUUUCUUUCACCACCAUUGGGACCCUGGUACUUGGAGAAAAUAUGUCUCUCACCACCCUUGGGACCCUGGUACUUGGGGAAACUACGUCUCUCUUCUUCUCCGCAGCAAUAGUCCCUCCGUUUUGCCUCUCCCGCCUGCAAGGACUGACCGCAAGGACCGGGGUUUGGCCGAACGGAUGAGGGUGUCCGGCGGCCCCGAUCCUGUACGUAUCCGCCGGACAGUGGCCGGUUCCGUGGGGCGGUCAAGGGGCUUCUUCUUCCUUCUUUCCUUCUUUCCUUCCUUCCUUCCUUCCUUCCUUUCGUCUUCUGUGAAGACCAGACCUAUGCAAGAAGCACGGACACUUUUUGUUGUCGUUUCCUUUUCCGGGGGAGGGAGCGGGGGGGGGGGGGGAAGGGGGACAGAUCCGGGUUAAGCGGACCCAUGCGGACACAAGGGGUCGAGGGGAGGGGGUCUCUAUGUGGGGUUUUUCUUUCUCUCUCUCUCUCUCUCCUUCUUCUUCUUCUUCCCCGAGAGCUUUGGCUGGCGAUUUUCAUAUUCUUGCUCUUCUUAAAUCUAUUCGAAACGGGAUAAACAAACAAACAAACAAAAAAAGGUCAAUAAAAGGUAGGAAAAAAAAGACACGCCGCAGGUAUAA